UGAACCAGACUGGGCAACUGCAGAAACCGAGGCUGCCAAGCACUGCAGGAGCGAAACGAUGCGCAAGAACUGCGCUCAUGCGUCAAGGUGCGCCACUACCUAAGGCGAAGAAGCAGACGAAGAGCUUCGUGGGCUGCUUUACCACGCAAGGACGUCAGCUACCAACGAUGCCCAACGAGGAACCACUGCCACCUGGACCGCAACAACUGUCGUCGCCUCCACGGCAAAUGCAGCAGCCUCCGUAUCAGCCGGCGGACUCGGAAGGUUCGGCCAGUCCUGGCACAACUACGAUGAACGAGGUCAAACUCGACUCGAAGACCAUGUGCUCCACUGCUGCUCUCUGCCUCUGCUGUUGCGUCUUCGCCUCACUGGCGAUAAGCUUGGUGGCCUCCUUUGUGAUCAAGAUCUUCUCCACCGUGACUGCGCCUGCAGACGAGUACGUCAAAUGGGCCGUCGUCGUUGACGCCAAGGAAUGCGCCCAAGUAGCCAAGGAGAUUGUAGACGAUGGCGGCGCCAUAGGAGACAUCGCCGUGGCCGUCCUGCUGUGCAUGGGCGUCACAGCUCCGCACCUCGCGGGAAUCGGCGGCGGCUUCAUCGCACUCUUCUAUAACAAUACUGCUCAGCAAGUCUACACUUUGAACUCUAUCGGAAGAUCGCCUUCUGCAGCAAAACCGGACAUGUUCUCUUCUAAUGCAACCCUCUACAAAUAUGGCGCCACGGCCUCAAUCGUACCGGGUGCCAUGGACGGCUACGAGAGGAUCCACAAGGAAUUGGGCGUUCUCGAGUGGUACCGGCUUUUCGACCCGUCGAUCCGCCUGGCCAGGGAGGGCUUCGCCAUUGGGCCCCACCUGGGACGCACACUGGAGAGACACAGCGCCAGCAUCGAAGCCAACGCCGACCUUAAAACGCGAUUCUGGAACACGGCGACCAACACCGUGCUGAAGAAAGGGGACCAACUGGUGCAAGGCGCACUGGGGGACACGCUUAGCGACCUGGCGAUCCACGGCGCCCAGUAUCUGUACGAGGGAGAGCUGUCCAAAGACAUAAUCGAGAGCAUCAAGGAUGGCGGUGGAACGAUGAGCGCGGAUGACUUGUCCGGUUACUCGUCCAAGUGGAUGGACACCGUCAGAGUGAACCUCACCAACGGCCGGGUGUUCCACUCGGCGCCCAUCCCAGGCAGUGGAACCCUGCUGGCUGCAGCCGUGGCACAGAUAUCGCUCGACUACGCCAUCUUCUUCGAUCCAGAGUCUUCCAGCGUUUUGCAGAUGUCCGGCGGGGACCUACACAGGCUCGUCGAGACGCUGAAGUUUGCGUACGCCAGAAGAGCAGAUUUCGGGGACGAAGAAGAGUCACGAAAUAACGAAAACGUGAUCUUGAAAGAAAUAAUUGACAAAAUUAAUAAGACGCUGGACAGCCAUCGCCCACUGGAGGACGCCGAGGGCUACGGCCUGAAGCACGUUUUCGCCCAAGACUACGGCGGCGCCCACCUGUGCAUUAUCGCGCCCAACGGCGAUGCCUUCUCGAUCACCUCCAGCCUCAAUAGCGAGUUCGGCAGCAUGUUCACCACGUCAUCGGGCCUACUGCUGAACAAUUACAUGGACGCGUUUGUCAAGGACGCCAGCGACGACGCUCCGACGGCCAAUCUUCUCGGCCCGUCCAAGGCGCCCAUGACAUCGCUGGCGCCUGUCAUUGUCACCAGAAUGUCGUCACUAUCCCCGCUGCAUUCGCUAUUUGGCGGCACGGGCGGCAUAGCGGGACUGUCUGCCGUCGCCCAGCUCCUCACAUGCGCCGCUAAGUGCGCUUAUCACGACUGUGCCCUCAACGAGGCCAGGGUUCAUCCAGAGCUGGCCUCUGGGCAGUUCACUGCGAACGUCGCCGGCAAGGACAAUGAUUUCAACGCGAAGGGAAAGCUUGAAUCCUUCGGCCACAAAGUGUCGGAGAAGUUCAUUCCCACCACGGCCAUGGGAAUCAUACCAACGCAUCGAGGAACCUACUUGGCCAUUAACGACACCAAGCACAUUGACGGCGGGAACACUGGUGGUUCGAAUGGCCACCUUUAGGGCUAACAAACAAAGUGAAAGAAACAAAAGACCUGGUUUUGAACGCAAGACACCCCCGCUUGCUUGUGGACAGGAACUGUGCUAUCUUUGUCUGUUCUUUC